UCAUCAUACACGCGUGAGAUUUCUCCCCAAUCUUGGUCUCGUCUCCGUCUUUCUGGUGUUUCGAUCUGUUUCUUUGACCAAAAAAACUCUUUUCGCUUUUUCUUUCUUCCUUCAAUGCCAUUUUGAACACAUUCGUCGAAUACUUGAAUCUCACUUCUUCCUCUCUCUCUAUCCAUCUAUCUGUUACUCUGAUUUAGUCUCUCUUAAACUUCAUUUGUUGGGAAAUUAUCGAAGUCGCCGAGGAAUUUCUGUUUCUUUUGCUGGGAUUUUCGUGAUUAGGGUUUCUGAUUUUUUUUCUUCUUCUCGGGAGAUAUGAUGAAAGCUUCGUUUGGGAGGUUACGGAGAUUCGCAUUGCCCAAAGUCGAUGCGAAUGAUAUCGGAGAGCUUUUCCCCACCGCACAGAUUGAUGGGCUUGCUCGAGCCGCAAAGGAUAUGCAAGAAAUGAGAGAGUGUUAUGAUAGAUUACUCUCUGUAGCUGCUGCCACUGCUAAUAGCGCAUAUGAGUUCUCUGAAUCACUGGGAGAAAUGGGUUCUUGCUUGGAGCAAAUAGCGCCGCAUAAUGAUGAAGAAAGUGGUAGAGUUCUGCUAAAGUUAGGUAAAGUUCAGUUUGAGCUUCAGAAACUCCUCGACACUUAUCGUUCUCAAAUAUUCAAGACCAUCACUAGACCUUCAGAGUCACUUCUCAGCGACCUUAGAACCGUCGAGGAUAUGAAGCAACAAUGUGAAGAAAAGAGGGACGUUGUUAAGCACAUGAUGAUGGAGCAUGUGAAAGACAAGGUACAACUUAAAGGCAGUAAAGGGGAGAGACUCAUUCGCCGUCAGUUAGAGACUGCCCGUGAUGAGCUACAAGACGAGGCGACUCUGUGCAUUUUCCGAUUGAAAUCACUCAAGGAAGGGCAAGCUCGAAGUCUCCUCACACAAGCAGCACGCCACCACACUGCUCAGAUGCAUUUGUUCUUCGCUGGUCUAAAAUCGCUUGAGGCAGUAGAGCAACAAGUCAAAGUUGCUGCUGAGAGACAACACAUCGACUGUGAGCUCCCUGAUCACGGGAACGAUAUGGAAUGUAGUGAGGAUGAUGAUGAUGAUGACCGACAUGUUAACAGAGAUGGAGAACUCAGUUUUGACUACAUAACAUGUGAGCAGAGAGUAGAACCUACACCGCAAGGAUCGAUGAAGAUGGAUGACACAGAUCUCUCUUUUCCUCGCCCUUCACCAGCAGGAUCAGCAACAGUGAAUGCAGAUCAUAGAGAAGAGAACCCGAUUUCAUACCGAGAUCGCAGAGCGAGCAGCCAUUCAGCACCGUUGUUCCCGGAGAAGAAAUAUGAUUUACCGGAAAAGCCGACGAGACAGAUCACUCCGUCUGCAAAUGCUUACGCAUUACCAACUCCGGUCGAUUCAAAGACCUCAUCGAUCUUCACAAAACCGGUCACCCAAACAACAAGCCACAGUGCAAACUUAUGGCAUUCAUCUCCGCUUGAACCGAUAAGAACCGCUCAUAAAGAUGUGGAAAGCAACCUCUAUUCUCGUCUUCCUCGUCCUUCAGAGACUCCUCAGUUUUCGCAGCACGAAGCUGCACCAAGACACGCGUUUUCUGGACCGCUUAAACCAUCCUCAACCCGUCUUCCAGUUCCGGCUCAGGCUCAGUCAUCUUCUCCACGGAUCUCUCCUACCGCUUCACCUCCGCUCUCUUCUUCUCCACGGAUCAACGAGCUCCAUGAGCUUCCACGACCACCGGGCCAAUUUGCACCGCCACGACGCGCAAAAUCUCCCGGUCUGACUGGUCACUCAGCUCCUAUAACCGCUUGGAAUCAAGAAAGAAGCACUGUAGUUGUGUCCACAAACAUUGUAGCAUCACCACUUCCUGUUCCACCGCUUGUUGUACCGAGAAGCUUCUCUAUACCAUCAAGAAACCAGAGAGCCAUGGCUCAACAACCCUUGCCCGAUAGGAACCAAGAUAGAGUAGCGUCUCCACCGCCUCUGCCGCUAACUCCAGCGUCACUGAUGAAUCUCAGAUCUCUGUCUCGGUCUCGGGUCGGUGAAGUUGCUCAGAGCGGUCAAAUUAGAGGAGUAAAACUGAUUGAACGAUGAAGCUGUAGUAACGUCGCGUUCGAUCAAAACGUUGGUUGUAGAGAAAGAGACCCUUAAGUAAAUAUAGAAGUCGAUAUUUUGUAAUUCUUUAGUUGUCGAAUCUCCUAACUCGUCACCUGAGAGUUUUCUUUUUGUUUCCUAAUAUAUAUUCUUUGUUUUUGUUCGCUAACUUAAAAUUUUAGUUAAAGAUUAGUGAAUUAGAGAAAAUGAUGCAUUACAAAUUCCAUGAAUUUUUGGGUUUGAGAGCUGAUUAUUAUCUACGUUUCUAAAAUUCUAAUUAUGGUAUUCUGUUUUAUUAAUGGGAAGUGAGAAUGACAGUAACAUGAUCUGAUUCUUUUGGUAGAGGAAGAAGACGACGACGUUUACCCUCUCACGUGAUCCAGUCCACUAGUAAAUGGGCCCAAUUUAUUAGGCCCACUGAGGAUAAAGACCUAAACUGUUCUU